AUGACGCUCCAUUCACCAGUUCAGCAUAUUUGGGGUUCAUGGAUUCAUACUAAGGAAUUGCUUCACUUCAAGGGAACUAAAGUUUCUGCAGCAACCUAUGAAAAUUGCAUCCGAUUGUUCAGAAAUUUGUUGGUUCCAUACCAACGAUACUACAUCUCUGGUGCAACUGUUAUCACUGCUAUUCCUACAUACAAAGUCAGUGAAUAUCCCUACUCUUGGGUCCUUCAUUACUCAACUUUGAUUGAGCGCUACCUCGAACCAAUUCCUCCGAUGCUUCCAUGUCCUUUCACCUUUGACAGCUUUUCUGAUGCACAUAAACAUGCAGAAUCUGAGAUUUCUUUGAUAAGUGUCAAAGCAUUGGUCAUACAUGCUUUCCCCCAAAAAGAAACAACCCCGGACUCAAUCACAAGAGACUUUGUGAUUGUAAAUGAAGAGAAAAAAUUGAUGCUUCUCACCCUAUGGAAUGAAUUCCAAGAAUAUGAGGGCAACAUCCUUGCAAACAUCCUUGCAACUAUUCCUAUGAUCUUUGCUAUGAGAGUGAAAGUCUCUACUUUCAACACUCUGUCAUUAACAACAAUAGGAUUGUCAUCCAUUCUCAUCAACCCACCACUCCAUGAUGAAUUCAUACUUCAUGAAUGGUAUAGCAUCCAUAAAGAUGAAGUUAAGACUUUAUUCGAAACAAAAGCAUAUAAAGAUCCAGAAUUGCUGCUUCCACUACCAAAUGAAGAGGACAUUAAGAAUAUUCAUGAUGCGUUAAUCUCAUUCAGAACUCAAAAAACAGCAUGGAUAACUGGUAUAGCACAAUUAUCAUUUGGCCAAACUCAUUUUUGGUACACUGCAUGCUCAAAUUGCUUGAAGACUGUUGAAGCAGACACAGAUUGGAUCAUAAAAUGUUCAUCAUGCAAAGAAGAAGCUGAAGUAGAGCUAAGGUGUCGCAUUGGAAUAACACUCACUGAUUCAACUGCAAGCAUUCAAUGCUUAAUAUCUGGAAAACAAGCUGAAAGACUGAUACAAUUCACUGCUGCCGAACUGAAGGAUGCAGAGGCACAUGGAAUAACAAUGAACCAAGAACUUUCUACCAUCAUGAAAAAGCACAAGCUGAUUUGCUUCAUCAAAACAUAUGAGACAACUUUUCAAGGACUGCCACAAAGAAGAAAUGCAAUCAUCAAAGCCUACACAGCAGCUGAAGUUCCAAACAUACCACUGCCUCUACAAGAUUCACCAACAACUCUUCAAGCUUUACCGAGUACAACACCAUCAAACACCAAGCAAAAGCAGAUUGCAGACGAACAAACGUUCACACCAAGGGCUAAAUUGCUGCUUCAAGAAAUAGCUGAAUCCACUGCUACUAAAAGAAGCUCCAUGACUGAAUCAACAGCCACAAAAAGAGCCCUCACAUUGACCGAACUAGAAGGUCACCAAAUACCUGCACCAACUGUUGGAACAGAAAUACACAAAACACUUGAAGACACUGCUACCUCAGCCUCACCAAAUGCCACCUCAAUCGACAAAACUGCUGCCGGCCCAACAAAGAAACCAAAACAGCAAGAAGGCAAUUGACCUCCCACAACUCUUACUAAAACCUUUUGAUAUUGCUAGAGAAGAAUUUAGCAUUCCAGUGUGUAGGUCUAUCAUGGCUAAAUUGUAGUCUUAGAAUCUAUUGCUUCAAUAUUUUUUUAUAGAGCAAUGCAUUCUAUGACUUACACUUACUAGGACCUCCUUCACCUGCUAAUGACUGCUAUUAGCAUAGCCACAAAGUUGUCAAUCAUAACUUCAUGAGCUGAAAACGCAGUAUUAGAGUCCACUACUCCAAUAUCUUUUGAUAGAGCAGUGCAUUUUAAUACUCAUAUGUUAUAUAAGUCUCUCUAGCAAUGAAUAAUA